CGUUUGACUGCUACGCGGCGCAAAAAUCGCUGCGUUCAUUUGUCUCGAAAACCGCGACGCAGCGCUUUUGCGCUGCGAGUUUCAGUGUGUCUUUGUUGCUUUGUGGGAGUGAACGUAGUCUGACCUCACACGUACUUUGUAACACGAGUGCAUUCUAAAAUAACUUUUUACCGUUUUUAUAUAUUAUUUAAAAAAAGUAACCAUGUCACGGGCUAUUAUUUCGGACGUUGAUUCGAUUGCUAGUGAUUCUGAGGAUGGUGAAAGAACAGACACAAGUAGUGAUGAUAACAUUAUUUUAACUCAUCAAACAAAAAGACUGAGGAUUGAAAAUCUCACUGGUCGUGUUGGGCGCAGAAGCGGAGGCGAGAGAGAACGCGACACGACGCCUGCAGGAGUUCUGUUCCCUCGAGCUGGUAAGCCGCCUUUAAUCGAUCCUUUUAAUCCAUACUCGACCCGUCGAAGAUCCAUCGGCAGUACUUUUAAACGGUUCGAAGAAAGGAACGGAGUUCAAUGGGUUCGCAUUACAGGAGACUCUUGGCGAUACCCAUGUUCUUACGUUCCGCCUCGGUUUUCACUUUUUACGGUGCGAUAUUCGGUUGGAAUGAUCUUGAAGAGGUAUUAUAUAACCAACUUUGUAAGGUAAAAGCACCGACAGUGGCGUUCAAAAGUUCCCGGCCAGAUGGUUUUUGCGAUUUUUCUUCCAAAAGAAAAGUGUUAAGACAUUUUUCUUAGAAUCAUAUGUACAGUCAUAUUACGUGAAAGGAUACUAUAAAAAAAAUCACCGCUAUUUAUUUUUCUUACGUCUUUAUUUGUAGAAAGUGUUUAACGAAAAAAUUAUGCUUGUUUUUCAUUUUGUAACAAUUUCGGGGUACAUUAUUUAACAUAUUAUAAUUGAUAUUUCGUAGCCAUGCCUUUUGAAGUAAUAACAACGGCAUAGCAACGAGGCAUGGAUUUAAUUAACCGAAUAACGUAACCGCGUGGUAUUUUGUCCCACUGUUCUAUUAAAUUCUGAGAAAAUUGUGUCUUAUUAGAACUUCUAUGAUUUUUCAUUCAGCGUUUCAUCUCUCCCCAGAGAUGCUCUAGUGGAUUUAAAUCCGCAGAUUGAGAAGGCCAGUUUAAAACCUGUACUUUAUUUGUAAACAACCACCUUCUUACGAUUUUCGAUGGAUGUUUGGGGUCGUUAU